UUUGACAACAUGUCAGGUUGCUAUCUAGUUAGCUAGCCUGCAGGAUAAAUUAAUUCACAAUGGACAGAAAUAAAUAGAUACAGGUUAUUUAACAGCGGUUAAGAAGAUAUGGUGUUGCAACGUGAACGAUUGUCUUGCUUUUAGCUGAGUUCGCUUCAGUCAAAAGUCAUCGAAAGCAGCACAAUCAAAAGACAAGACUAAGAGUGUGCCAUGGCGGCUGGUGUUAGCCUGCUGACUGAUGUGCCCUACUCUUCCUCUGGGGACCUCAACACAGGCAACAGCAUGAACACAGUCAGUACUCGGGUCCCCACAGCCAAGUACACCAAGGUGGGGGAGACUUUGAGACAUGUGAUCCCAGGUCACAUGCAGUGCUCCAUGGCGUGUGGAGGGAGGGCCUGUAAAUACGAGAACCCGGCCCGCUGGAGUGACAAGGAGCAGGCCGUUAAGGGACUGUACUCCUCAUGGAUAACUGACAACUUGCUGGCGAUGGCAAGGCCUUCUACUGAAAUCCUCGAGAAAUACAAUAUCAUAGAGCAGUUUACAAGGUGUGGCCUUCGUACGGUGAUCAACCUGCAGCGUCCCGGGGAACACGCCAGCUGUGGCAACCCUCUGGAACAUGACUCUGGAUUCACCUACAGACCUGAGGUGUUCAUGGAGGCUGGCAUUUAUUUCUAUAAUUUUGGCUGGAAGGACUACGGCGUGGCGUCCCUGACUACUAUACUGGACAUGGUCAAGGUGAUGUCGUUCGCCAUCCAGGAGGGAAAGAUGGCCGUGCACUGUCACGCCGGUCUAGGGAGGACAGGUGUAUUACUGGCGUGUUAUCUGGUGUUCACCUCUCGUAUGAGUGCGGACCAGGCCAUCCUGUUUGUCAGAGCCAAGCGGCCCAACUCCAUCCAGACCCGAGGCCAGCUGCUGUGUGUCCGGGAGUUCGCCCAGUUCCUGGUUCCGUUGAGGAACGUGUUCUCCUGCGCAGAACCCCGGGCCCACGCUGUUACGCUGUCCCAGUACUUGACUCGCCAACGCCACCUGCUGCACGGGUACGAGGCGCGGCAGAUGAAGAACGUGCCAAAGAUCGUCCAGCUGGUCUGCAAGGUCCUCCUGGACAUCGCUGCCAAUAGACAGGUGGUGGUAGAGGAGGCGGUGUUGGAGGUUCCAGACCUGACGGCGGAGGUGGAGAAGACAGUGUCCCAGCAGGCCAUCCAGCUGCUGGGGAAGGAGAUGAGAGGGAAGGGCAUCCCUGUGCCUUCACCCCGCCUGCCUUGUCCCCGCCCUGAGACGGCCCUAACCCAGCCUUGUCCCCACCCUGAGACAGCCCUAACCCAGCCUUGUCCCCGCCCUGAGACAGACCUAACCCAGCCUUGUCCCCGCCCUGAGACAGCCCUAACCCAGCCUUGUCCCCACCCUGAGACAGCCCUAACCCAGCCUUGUCCCCGCCCUGAGACAGCCCUAACCCAGCCUUGUCCCCGCCCUGAGACAGCCCUAACCCAGCCUUGUCCCCACCCUGAGACAGCCCUAACCCAGCCUUGUCCCCACCCUGAGACAGCCCUAACCCAGCCUUGUCCCCACCCUGAGACAGCCCUAACCCAGCCUUGUCCCCACCCUGAGACAGCCCUAAUCCAGCCUUGUCCCCGCCCUGAGACAGCCCUAAUCCAGCCUUGUCCCCGCCCUGAGACAGCCCUAACCCAGCCUUGUCCCCACCCUGAGACAGCCCUAACCCAGCCUUGUCCCCGCCCUGAGACAGCCCUAAUCCAGCCUUGUCCCCGCCCUGAGACAGCCCUAACCCACACACUACACAUGGAACGACCUCUCACUCCAAACCUCGCACUACUCCAGGAACCAUCGUUACUCUUAGAGCCCCCUCUCAGCCCAGCCCUGGCCCACGACCCGGUUCUGUCCAGUGACCAGGAGCUGGACCCUCUGUGGCAGCGGCAGAAUGGGGUGGCAGCCUCCCUCCUGAAGCCUCUGCAUCCGGGGAAACGCUUGCUGAGUUACAGUGACUCAGCCUUGUAUAAGCUAGACCCCAGACGAGACCCAGACCAGGAGCAGAACCAGAACCACAUCUGGAGCAUCCCUUGCGGCAAUCCUCUGACCCAGCACCAGCUAGCCACAGCCUGGGAGCCUCCCACAUCCCCUAGCCUCCCUCCACAGCACCACCCCUUCUCCAUGGGAGAGCAGACAAGGGAGGAGAGGCGAGGAGGACAGGAAAGGAGUUCUAAGGAGAGUGAUCACCACACCCAGAAGAACAUGUCUCCUCUCUUCCAGAGACGGAAGCAGCUCUGCGAGGGCCAGCGAAGUCUGUCCUUUGGGUUUGGGGGUAGUCUGUCCAAGCCCUCAGGAGAAGAGCUGUCAGAGGGGAGGCCGUGGAGAGGAGAUAUGCCUGUGAUGAGCCUUACAGGAGGAGAGGAGUCUGUGUGUGGGGUAGACAGGGCUGGAGACAGAGAGGAAAGAGUGAGGGGGAAGGCUGGAGAAAGAGAGGACAGAGAGGAACGGAAGGACAGAGAGGACAGGGAGAGGCUGACAGAGGUCCCUGUCAUCACCCUGUAUGCUGAGCUGUCCCUGGAAGCCAGACGUCUGCUGGUGGCCAGAGCUCUGGCUUUGGGCCUGAAUGAUGAAGAUCUCCACUACAAGGUCUCAGUGUGGCAGACAGAGCUGAACUCCAGAGAAGGAGCCUGGGAGAGGCUGAGUCUAGAGAGAGACCCUAUGGUGCUAGCUGGUCUCAUGUGGUCCUGGCUGGAGCAGCUCAAAGAGCCAAUCAUCUCCUCUCAGGAUGUCCAGGCCCUGGGCCAGAAAAACUACAACUCUCAGCAUGCACUCAGUUCUCUGGAGAAGGGCCACAGACUGACACUGCUCUGCAUCCUGGACUGUGCUGCUCAUCUGCUGGCCUUACCUGACAAGGAGGAAGCUGACUUCCUCAAUCACACCAUCAAGGUGUUCACUAAGAUCUCCUCAGAGAGUGACCAUGUUCUACACCAGACACUGAUGGCCACCCUGACUCCCAUCCUGCAUCAGUUGAGAGACAGAGCUGAGGAGGAGAUGGAGUCGACCAACCACUCCUCCUGAUGUUCCCUUGGACCUCUUCUCUACCCCCACCCCCCCUGUUCUUCGCUUCUAGUUUAACCCAGCUCUGUUUUGACCAGCUAACCUCCUCCCGCCUCUCCUCCCCUUCUUUCUCUCUCCUGGCCCAACGUUAAAGGAAAACUCCACCCAAAACUAUCUUUUGGUAUUUGUUUCAUUAGUCAUUAGUCCAUUAGUCCACAUUAUGCGUUAUAUGGGGAUGAUUUCUGCAUUUUGAAAGUUACAUAACUUAAAAACUUGAUUGCUGACAAGCAAAACCGUUUGGGACUAUGUCAACACUGGACUAAUGAAACAAAUACCAAAAGAUAGUUUUUAUGUGGAGUUUUCCAUUAAGCUCUGUCCUGACUAGCUAACGGACGAUAGUGCUGCUGUGCUGCGUUCCCUACUGUUACCAAGCUUUAGAUGAAAUAAUUAUGAUGUUGUAUGACAACGUGAUGUGAUUUCAGCAUCAAGGUUUGUUUUUGUUUGUUUUUAGCUAUUUCUUACUGUUAGUUUUUUUAAAUGUAAAACUGCCAUACUGUGUUAAUGUGCCAGGUGAUGUUUCAGCUACAUGACUUAGUGUUCUGAUCUCAUCCAUCUACUACUGUAGGUGUUGCUGUGGAAACGGAUGGUAGUCCCAAAUAGCACCCUAUUCCCUAUAUAGUGCACUACUUUAGACCAGGGCCCUAUUCCCUAUAUAGUGCACUACUUUAGACCAGGGCCCUAUUCCAUA